GUCAGUGGGUUCGCUAGUUCCGUAGUGUGUUGUGCACAUUUAACAUCGUUCUGGCCUGUAAAUACUCCUAAUAACUUAAAAAAUGGCAGAUGACAAACACCCCGUCUAUGGACCCUUCUUUGGAGUCAUGGGAGCUGCUGCAGCUAUCAUUUUCAGUUCGCUGGGCGCCGCCUAUGGUACGGCCAAGUCAGGAACCGGUAUUGCCGCUAUGUCCGUCAUGAGGCCGGAACUUAUCAUGAAAUGUAUUAUCCCAGUUGUCAUGGCGGGUAUCAUUGCCAUCUACGGUCUGGUCAUAGCUGUACUGAUCUCUGGUAACAUCCAAGACAGCUCUACUUAUUCAUUGUACAGUGGUUUUGUCCAUUUGGGUGCUGGUCUUUCAGUAGGAUUUUCUGGAUUGGCGGCAGGGUUCGCUAUUGGUAUCGUAGGUGACGCUGGUGUAAGAGGUACCGCACAACAGCCAAGACUCUUCGUAGGAAUGAUCUUGAUCCUCAUUUUCGCUGAAGUAUUAGGUCUUUAUGGUCUCAUCGUCGCCAUUUACCUCUAUACUAGAGCUUAAGCGCCCAGCUCCCCUAAAUUUUCAUCUCCUAAACACAGCGUACCAAAAGUUGCGCAUCUCGCCCCGAUCAUUUUGUUUUUAAUGUCUACAUGUAAAAAUAAAAACUGUAUAAAUGGUAGCAGGCGAUGAAAGUGACUGAGGCGGGCAAUGUAAAUAAUUUAGUUAUGAUGGGGCCCGUAUUUUUCGCGUACGGGGCAAAACAAAUUAAUAAUUUUAGUAAAAAAGACUGGGCCUCUUCAUCGCUGCUGUGUUCACACACACGACUAAUAAUUCCUUAUUUCCAUAUUCAUUGAACCGGUCGAGUUUUCUUGACAGGUUUUUGUAUUAAAACGAAUUUUCUUCCUAGGCAAAAUAAAGGUCUUAGUUACUAUAAUAUACAAGGGAAGAGGGAAAACAAAUUAUUUGAUUUAUUUUGCCUCGUACGUUACAAUACUUGUGCUAUCAUUGUAAAUAAUUUUAAACAUACUUAGAAGCCUCUAUUUCAUUUUCAUGGCGGGUCACCACUAUUAUUAAAUUAAUUGUAUAGUUAGUAGAUUUUAGGUUACCGUUUUUCUUUUAAUAUAAAAGCUAGACUCUAUUGAGCCUAGGAAGUAUUUGAAUAAAGUUAAAAAAGUAGCACAAUUUAUUUUUAAUUUCACAAAAAUACUGUACAUUUGUUUUAUCAUUAGUGUGUUAUACUCGAUAUAUCAUUAUUCAUGGCCUUAUGAAGGCUUGGUCUCUUAUAAAACAAAUGGUUCGGGAAUGUUAUUUUUGACAAUUUUUUUGAAUAGCAAGUUUUAAGCCAGUAAAACUGUGGUAUUUUUUUCAAUGCAUCAUCUUUUUUUAAUAAAAAAACAUUGGUAAAUGGGACAUUACAUCGCAAAACCGUCAUUUCUAAAUAAUUUCCUCUUAAUUUAUUUACCUAACAAUGUACUGUCUAAAUAACAUUCGUAAACCCUAUGUACAUUUUUUAAUAGUCAAUUUUUAUUUGUUCCCAUCGUCAUCAGUUUUGCUUAUCGUUUUUUCGUUCAAAACUAUGAUUUCAAAAUAAUCUAUGUUCCAUUACCUUCCAAAAAUAAUAUAAAACGGUUUUGUUAUAUCAGCAUUGUUGUAAAUAUGACAACUUAAGUGUAUUGAUGGUUUUUUUGAUGUCCAUAGUUGUACGUGUUAGCCUAAAGUGUAGUCACUGCUUUGGCAAAAAACAUCCCCGUUUUCAACACUGACGAAACUUCUAUUUAAUAGACGGUGAUGCUUUUUGACUUUAGCAGAUAAGAAUGUUAUACAGGGUUAACAAGAAUGAGAAUACUAUGUCUGAUAUAUCCUGUAACACACAAAAUACUUUAACCUGGUGUUCCAGAUAUUGGAAAACGCUUGCAAAUUACAAGUAAAGUCAUCAUAUAAAUACCAUGCUAUCUAAAAUAGGUAAUUUACUAAGUAGUCUAAGAGUUUAUCACUAUUCAAGUAAACAAUGAAUUGGCUGUUUUGUGUUACAAGGUUAGUAAGUUUUCUCUUUUCAAGUCAACCCUGUAGUAUUUCCUUUUUAUUUUAGUCAUGAAUCAUCAUCUCAGCACGAAGCUUGUUGGGCAAGUGUCUGCCGGUUUUCGAUGGAUACAGUCCAUCGAAAGAGGCAGACAUUCUGUCCCAUUGUUGUAGAGUAUUAUAUUAUAAUGUAGAUUGGUUCUGUUGUAAGAAGGGAACAGCAAAAUUAUGUUGAAAAUAAAUAAUUUGUACAUUCCAUUAUAUCUCUGUUUUAUC